UUGCGACCCAUCGUCUCCAAGGGAUUUGGUAUAAAGGAGUCGUAAAGAGUGUUCUCUAAAAUGGAAUCUAUUGCGACCCAUCGUCAGACCGAUUUUCUCGCUCUUAACCCAUUCCCGACGCCAACAAUGCUCCGUUCACCCUCCCCCACCGACGCACCGCCCACCGCCAGCGGCGACCCUGAGCUCGCGCCUAACGAAUCCAAGCUCUCCGCACUGGAGAACCCUAACAGCUCGCUACCGGCGGCUGAAGGACCACUGCCGAGCCCCGAACAAACACCGGCCGAAUCCGACGUCCUCCGUGUCUCUCCGCCGCUGCUGAAUCCUUCGAGCAAACAAAUCCCGCCGCCUCCUCCCUUAGCAGCAGGAACCCUAGCCGCGGCUGAGCGAAGUGAAAUCAGCAGGAGGCUGCGCUGGAGUAUCACGGCUUCACUCUCUUUCCUUGCUCUGGUCGGUGUUCAGCUCGCGUGGGAUGCUCCCCAUGGUGAAAUUAACCCGUUGAAGCUGCUGAAAGUGGUAACAAGCACCUCCGCAUACAUCUUCAUCCUCCUCCUGCUGCCGUUUACACACCACAUUCGGAAAAUCGAGGUGGGAGAAAUUGUCGGGAUAGUACUCGACGGGCUGUUUUUCUCUGUGCCCCUUGGGUUGGCCCUCUACUCGGAGGAUGGCUGGGAAUUAGUCAUGUCCAUUCUCAUUUUCGUGCACCUUAUGGGCAUAGUCAAUUCGGGCGUGGUAUCUAUCAAACAUUUCGACAUGGCCAAUACCUGUCUCGUAGUUGUAGUGAGCCCAUUGCUAUUUCUCGUCAACAAGUCACAAGUGCCCUUCGGGUUGGUAAUGGCGUUUUACUUUUUUUAUUCAAGUCCAAGUAUCGAGAGUGUUCGGGAUUUUGAAGCCAAAAUGAAGGUGCCUGAGUUUCCGGAGGUUGUGUGGCGGGUCAAGGAUGCCAUUGCUGAUGUCUGGGGCAGGGUACUGAACUUUUUCCUCAGUGGGUUGCAUAAGGGGAAAUCAUGUGUUUACGAGCAACAAGAAAAGGGUUCCGGAGGUCAGGCCCCGAGCAAGCAGCUGGGUGGACAGACGUUUGUCGGCCCAAUAUGUGAUGCUGUUUAAUAUGUUGGGGGUUUCACGAGAGUUUUGGGUUUUGGGAGCUUCAAGUAUUUUCCAAACGGUAUUCUGGAUUCUCUCUGGUCGUAGUUGCUUUUGUUAUUUCCAGUACAAUGUAGGAAAUUGACUUGUGAACUCUCUAGGAUUUGCUCUGCACUUAUUAUUUUUCUGUAUAAAGUGAGAACUUGACUGGCGAUAUCAGGGAUUUGAUCCGGUUUGCACUUGUUAUUUUGUAUUUUCAGUACAAUGUUUGAACUUUGACUGCUCAUUUCUAGGAUUUUCUCUGUUUGUAUUUCACUACUUGUUAUUUCCUGUAAAAUUAGGAACUUUGGCGGGUGAUGUUUGCUAGUGUAUUUCGGUGUAUAUAGCCAGUUUGUUUCAGUGUGCUGUUUCUUUGUGUUUAUUCAAGCAUUGCUAGCCAUUUUCUGCAGGGGUAACUAUGACUCUGUUAAUGUCAAAAGGUCUCAUUGACAUGCAUAGACGUGGCCAUUUCCCGGUUUUUG